AGGAUUUCAUGAAAACGAAGCGGUAGUAAUGAUCCAUUUAAAAAUAUUUCGAAAGUGUUUCAGCUCAACUAUUUAUUUGAAUUCUGUUAUAACUAAAAAUAUAGCUAAAAUAAAUAGACUAUUAUGAUUGUAUAUACAUAAACACAAAUAUUUGUGUAUAUGUAUUGAAUAAACAAUACACACACUUAAGAUAAUAUUGUAAGUGCGUUGCAUUCCGUAUGUUGACAUCUUCGUGGUUGACAUAUUGACAAGAACAUGUAAACAAUCUUUCUUUAUUUAUUAUAUGUUAUUAACAAAUUUUAAUAGAACAUAAAAUUUUACUGCUUAAAAAGAUGAAAUUUAGAUGCAGAAUGAUAGACGCUAUAGCUAUGCGAGAUUUUACUAAUAUUGUCACCAUUAUUUCAAAGAUAGCAAAACAAUGCGUCUUACGAAUAACUACGGAAGAAAUUUCUUUCAAUAUCGGUUGUGAUAGUAUACCUGUUCUGUGGGCAGAAUUAUCUCAGAGUCAUUUUUUUACCGAAUAUAUCAUGAGUGGUGUUUCCGAACAGCAGAAUGAAAUUUAUUUAGAAUGUGAGGCGGCGAUGCUUGCUAGGAGUUUGAGUUCUCUUCGUCUAAAUUCGAAGAGUGUCAAAAUAAAAUUAACCAACAAACUUCAACCUUGUCUCACGUUUGAAAUGGAAUUAUCUUCUUCAACCGUAGAAUCACGACAAUGCGUUCACGAUGUACCAGUAAGAGUUGUGCCACGAAAAGAAUGGACCACUUAUAAAGUUCCUAAUAUAUCAGAAUUUGAUAUAUCCGUAGACAUGCCACUACUUCGAAAUUUGCGCCAUAUUGUGGAAAGAAUGAAAAAUAUGAGUCCACAUUUAACAUUAACAGCAGAUAAUACUGGAAUGUUCAUUUUGAAAGUAGAAACCGAUAGUGCAAAUGUAUCGGCAAACUUUCAAGGAUUACAAGUUUGGUCUUCUAGCCAAGAAGACAGAGUAAUAUCUGCUACGAUAGAUGUCAAAAAAUUGUUAACCUUUUUAGCUUGGGAUAUAGUUCAUCCCAAUUCUGUAAGGUGUAAUAUAAUAGAAAAUAGGAUAGUUAAUUUAUUUUUAGAUUUAGCAGGGUAUUUGAAAGUUCGCUACUUUGUUCCUGCAAUUGCAGUAUAACAAAAAAAUUGAUUAAUUAAAUUAUAAAGUAUGAAAUAAAAAGCAUAUUUAUUUUCCUUUUUUUA